AUGUCGGCCAAGGAGGACGUCGGAGGAAGAACGCUUGAUGAAGUGCAGGCGUCGUGGUAUGAGAACACCAGAACCAUACGAGAUCGCGAGGACUUGCAGCUGCGUCAACAGUACGAUGCACAGCAGGACCAAUUGAGAGCACGACUUGUGGAGCUAUAUGACCGCCGGUCGCACAUUGAGAACGAGCUGAAUUCCCUACGCGCCAGCAUCGGCUUGCAAGAGGAAGAACAGGCGCGCCUCGUGAACAGUUUCAAGGUACACUGUGAACAAAUCGCAACCCGGCGCCAGAACGAAGAUAUCGAACACCAGCAGUGGUUCGAGCAGCAACGUGCAUUCGAGAAUGCCAAUAAAGCCAAUGGCCAUCGUGCAUCCAGCAAGGAGAUGGGCAAUCAACAGAGCGGUGGAAGCACCGGUGGCUGGACGAGUAUCAACGGCACCGCCAACUCGCACAAGGGCUCCAGUCGCCGCGACGAUGAGGAGGAGCCACCUGCAGACCCUGGCAAUAUGCUCGGCAGCGGCUACCACCCCAUGGAUGACGCCGAACCCAACGGUAAUAUCAUGCCCUUCAGAGACUCGAGUCACAACAGAACUCGACCUGGCACGUCAAAUGGUACUGAGAUGGAGAUAGAUGAUCUUGACGCAGAUGCUCUGCCUGUCCGGAUAAAGAAGGACGGCGAGAGACCGCUCAAGCCCAAGCAGCGGCACAGUCUGCCCAGCUUCCCCGCCGUGGUUCGAUCGCCCGCUGGCAAACGUAAGUCUUGCAUGAAGAACCAGUUCAGCUGCACAACGGGGAUCACGGCUAAUGCAUCACCUGCAGCCAAGCAAGAGACUCCCGCUAGCGAGUCUAAGGGAAGAUCUCCCAGCGGUCGGAAGUCGUUGCCCGCUGCGCGAAGCCAUACACAAUCGGUAGAGGCAUCUGGGCCACCAGAUGAGACCGAGAUCAACCAUGAGACCCUUAUUCUUAAGCACAACGGUCAGUUCUACACGGAACCACCCAUUAUGUACGGGGUCCCGUUGGAGAGAAUCGACCCGAAGCACCCCUAUUGGGACCCCGAAUGGCAACCCUUGGAGGAAUACAUCCAACCCCAGCUCGAUAAGUGGAAGGAGAAGCACGAGGCGCUUCGUCGCGACCCCAAUGCCGUCAGACACACCGUGUUCCUCGCAAACCGCCAAGUCAACCGUGGCCAGGCAGUCCUCGAUUACCUCAAGGAAGGCGAGUUCCACCCUUACCAGUAUGUGGGCAAGGAAAUGAUGCAGAAGUUCUACAAGACUUUUAUCAACUACGAUACCAUGUUCCGCUUGGUCAACGUCCACGAGGAGUUGAAGAAAUUUGACCUCGAUGUGACGCCCCUUGAAUGGCUCAGGCAUCGUAUGCACGAGGUUUCGGUGGCGCAGGGCGAUAAGUUCAGCUUGUCCAAGUACACUCAUGACCUGUAUCACGAUGCGAGGCUGAAAGCCUUGCGCGAAAAGCAUGGAUUUGGAAACAUUGGUCGCCCUUCGGGUUACAAGGUCGGGGAGAAGAAUCCGGACAAGGCGAAGAAGCCAAAGCGCGAAUCAAGCGGAACCGCAUCCCGACGCAAGGCAAGAAGGUCGAUCGGCCAGGUUGACGUGGAUGAACCCUCGGUGAUGAUGGACGGGGCUCAGCCACAGCUACCGCCUCAGCCGGCAGACGUCGAGAGACUCGAGCCUGUAACACCCCGACAAACCAAGAAGCAGCGUCUAGAGGUGGCGCCUCUGCCCGAGAUCAAGCCGGAGCCCGAGGUCGACUACCUGGAAUACGACGGCUACACAUCGACCGAUUCCUUCUCCGCCGGGCGCAUAAUGCAUCUGGACUGGCGCGUCUAUCAGAUCAAGACGCGCACUCUGACCACCAGCACCGAGGUCACGCAGUAUUGGACUUGGAAGCCCGACAAGAGCAUGUUCGAGCACCAGGUUCUGCGCGACGUAUUUCCCAAGGUCACAUGGGGAUACUACCAGAAGCCCAUCAACUUCGACCUUAGGUUGGACGAGGUGAUUGAGAUUCAGUACGCGCCCGAAUCCCAGAAGGUUUUGGUCCUGAUUAAGGAUGGGAAGCGUGGUAAUAUCCUGGCGCACUUCAAGCGCGAGAGAACGAAGAAGCGAUUCCUUUCCUUUGCUAAGAAGAAGAAUGUCCAUCUUGUCAAGCAAAGCUACCAGGAAAUGGAAGGUGCCUGGGAUUCUAUGGAGAGUCAGACCUUGCCCGAUGAGGAUUCGGAGACUUAA